UUUAUAUACUCGAUUAUAAAAAGAGCAUAUUAACCAUGUCGGCCAAUUUGGAUCUUAGCCUAUUGAAUUUUUCAAGCUACAGCGAUUACUUGAAUUCCUUUAUAAAGGCCGAUGACUAUCUUUAUUUGGGCAGUAUGUCAACUGUAAGAAGAUUUGUAAAACUUGGUUAUCGCAGCUCCGGAAGGUGUGUGAGGAGAUUGAAUUCGACAAGAUAAGAAGCCAGCUAGCUGCUAUUCUUAAUCCGAGGGUCUCAUCUGAUAUCCUUUAUGGAAGAUACUUCAAAGGAACUGAUGCUGCUUUAAAAGCCUUAAUGGAACGCGAGGAACCAAAUUUGCUUCUGAAAUUAUCAACCAUUAUAUUCUUACAGGUACGACAACGUAGUGGCUUCGACAUAUCGGGCUAUAUUGACUUUGAGAAGAGUCUGCGUGACUGUCAUUUUAAAAAAGCAGAUAGAACCAAUUGGAAAGCCGUUUUUGAGGGUAAAACCCUUUUACGACCAAAACCAACAGACUUAAGUUAUUAUGACUGGCACAAGGGACACGUAUACCACAAUAAUACUGACAACUUCCAUGCCGUUAAUGGAGGAGAAAGUCUAGUAUUUAUGCAUAAAGCGGAUCAUAAGCUUAUUCCGGUUACCGAUAAACCCAGUAUGUAUUCACAAAAUGUUGACCGUUUUAUGAUAAAAUCUGAAUUGUACGGAUUUAUGACUUUAUAUGAUCACGUUGUUAGAUGAGUUCUAAAUAAAUUGAAAACUUGGGGAAGA